AUGUUUAAUUUUAUCAAGCAGAAUACUUUCAAGCUUGUGGAUAGGGUAGAGUAAACUCUCCAGGAUGUCUAAAGACCCAAAUAUAUCGAGAAUGUGCAGCAAUUUAUGGACGAUGAUGAUGAGGGCUAUGAAAGUCCUAUUGAUUUGGAGGAAGAAAAGCUGACUAUUGGGGAGAAACUGUAGCUUAUUAUAAACAAGUCAUCACUAUUGAGUGAAAAGGAGAAGGGGUUUAUAUUUGAAUAUGCCAAGACUAAUCCACAGGAAGUCAACACAGGGGAAACUGUCGACAGAUUUGCUAAGAAUCUGAUCAUAAUAGUAAACUAAUUCUUUGAGUACGGGUUUAGAGAGAAAGGACCAGACUCUUAAAUGAAAGUGAGUCAUUAUUGGGAAUUGAUAUCAGAUAUUUUCAAAGGUUACUCUUCAGUAACAUACAUCAGCCAGGUGUUGGGCCCUUAAUAACAGCACUCUGAGUGUGCUCUUAGUUGGAUCACUCUGGUUCUCAAUGAAGAAAACGUUCUGUUUUAUUGUUUCCAUGAAAUUCUAAAAAGCUAUGAAUUCCUGACUCAUUAUGACUACAAUAAUAGCUUCUUUCAUUGUAACUAGAAUCAGCUAUUAGAAGUGAGUUCUAAGAUAUAUUAGCAUAAUUUACUGAUCAACAGCAAAUUCAAUUAAAGAUAUCAGGAUUUUCUGAAGGAAAGUUUGAAGAAGAGGAUGGAGUAAAAUCUUGGCAUUCAAAUUAAAGAUACAUUACAGGUUAAAUACGAAUAGGAAGAUGAAAUAGAUGAAGAUCAGAAAAAUUUGUAAGAAGAUCUAAAAUUAUUGGCAAUGAUGAAAUAAUAAGUCAUGGAAGAAGAGGAAAAAGAAAAAAAGUAAUUCCUUAAUGCCCUUGGAGAUGACAGUGACUCUGAGGAAAAUCAUGCUGAACUCAACUUCUCCUUAAAUCCUUAGUCUAAUUAAAACAUUCAAGUGCUUGAAUAAAUUAAACCUAUUCAUUAAAGAAAUAUGAGCAACUAACAGCAUGAUCAAAGCAGAGACAACUUAGAAAUGAUUGUUGAAGAAGAUAGUUUGAUCCUAGCCUAAAUAGGAGAAAGAAGAGAGAGUAGACCAGAUAUGAGACUUAAUCUAUUCUAGGAUUAAGAACUCAUGAAGAAAUAGGCCUAAUAAAAAUAUGUUCAGCCAUCACCUUCUCUUCCAAGAUAUGACUAAUCCGAAUACUCUCUUGAUGAGACCAACCAAUCAAAAUUUACCUAAAACUCUCACAAUAUACAGAAUUCUUAUGGAAACUUCGUCAGAGGAAUCGACAAAACAGCUCAAUAAAGGCCAUCAAUUAAUAAUCAAAUAUAAAAGAGAGGGUUUUAUGAUAAAUAGAGAUUUCACAUUAGUCCAAGAGACUAUGUUAAUGAUCAAUAAUAGAUAUAGGUAAAAUCUAAGAGACAGUCAUCACCCUAAUAGUUUUAGAGUGAUGAUUAAUCAGAUAUGAUGUUUGACAAUCCUAGUCAUUAAAUGCCUAUGUAUGUCAACUAGAAAGUAUCUCCUCAUAAGAGCAAACUACAAAAUUUAAGAUUAUAAGAGAACAUUCUUAAGAGUUUAGCCAGUUAAGAAAGUGACAGCUAGCCUCUUACAGGCUUGAAUAUUGAUAAGAUGAAUUACUACUUCAAAGCCAAGAUGGAAAAUAGAGCUAGAAGCACUCAGAGAUUACCAACUGCUACUUCUUUAUCUCACAAAGGUCAUAAGCAAGUAGAACUCAAGAACUCUGAUAUCUCAUUCUUUAAUGAGUUCAUGUAAAUCUUUAAGAGAAAGGAGUACAGUUCAGUAGAAGUUCAUAAGUUCUUUAAGAAAAUAUCAAGGAGAUUUAAAAAUAAGAAUAUGUGUCAUCAGUGUGGAAAGUAAAUGGACUCCUUUAUGAUCAAGUAUGUCAAGCGCUCUCAAUGCUUUUUCUGUUUGGAAUAUGUUUGCUCUAAAGAGUGUCUAAGCGAUGAGAAGUUCGUGAUUCCAAGACUUUUCAAUCUCUCCUAUGAUUUGGAGCCAAAGUAGGUCUGCUAACUUGCAGCUAUGUUCCUAAAUAGAAGAAGUUACAUUAAGAUUCAAAAUACCCAUCCUUAGGUAGCUAUUUAAGAUUAGCUCUAUAAGUUUAUGAUAUUCAGAAGAAAAUUCCACAAGAUUUAUGAUCUAAUCAAAUGUGAUGCUUGGAUGAAUAUUGUUGAGAAAAAUGGAUUUGCUGGCGAGAAAAACCUAGUCCUGAAAGAUUUCGUCAUUUCACUCUAGCAGUUGAACCUGUAUAGAACUGGAGUUCUGAGAAAUAAGCUUAAGAGUAUCACAUAAAUCAUGUUAGAUCACCUAUAGAAUUGCAAGAAAUGUGAUUUGAAGAAACUGUAGUGUGAAAUAUGCAAAGGAGGAGUCCCUUACUAUGAAUUCGAAAUUGAAAAAUGUGGAGAAUGCAUUCAUUGCGGCAAUAAGGGACACCUGACUUGCAUGCAAAAACAUGUCUGCAAUUCAUUAAAAAACAUUGGUUUUUGA